UUCAACCUAACUAAAGAAACAACUAUGGGUAAAGAAAAAGUUCACAUUAACAUUGUUGUCAUUGGUCAUGUCGACUCCGGUAAAUCCACCACUACCGGUCAUCUUAUCUACAAAUGUGGUGGUAUUGACAGAAGAACCAUUGAAAAAUUCGAGAGAGAAGCCAAUGAGAUGGGUAAAGGCUCUUUUAAAUACGCCUGGGUAUUGGAUAAAUUGAAGGCUGAACGUGAACGAGGUAUUACAAUUGAUAUUGCCCUGUGGAAAUUUGCAACCGGUAAAUACUAUGUAACUAUUAUUGAUGCUCCCGGACAUCGAGAUUUUAUCAAGAACAUGAUUACAGGAACCUCACAGGCUGACUGUGCUGUGUUGAUCGUCGCUGCUGGUACGGGAGAAUUUGAAGCUGGUAUCUCUAAAGAAGGACAAACCAGAGAACACGCUCUCUUAGCUUACACUCUUGGUGUCAAACAGUUGAUCAUUGGUAUCAACAAGAUGGACAGCACAGAACCUAAAUAUUCUGAAGCACGAUUUAAUGAAAUCGUCAAGGAAGUAUCUGGAUUUAUCAAGAAAAUUGGAUACAAUCCUAAAGCUGUAGCUUUCGUACCAAUCUCUGGUUACCUUGGGGAUAACAUGCUUGAAGAAUCUGAAAACAUGAAGUGGUACAAAGGCUGGUCUGUAGAAAGAAAAGAGGGUAAUGCUUCCGGGAAAACCCUUUUUGAAGCCUUGGAUGCUAUUCUCCCACCCACACGCCCAACCAACAAGGCCCUUCGUCUUCCCCUCCAGGAUGUGUACAAAAUCGGAGGUAUUGGAACAGUGCCUGUAGGUCGAGUUGAAACUGGUAUUAUUAAGCCUGGUAUGAUUGUCACUUUUGCUCCAGCUGGACUCACAACUGAGGUUACGUCUUUUGAGAUGCAUCACGAAUCUUUGACUGAAGGUUUACCUGGUGACAAUGUUGGAUUCAACGUCAAGAACGUCUCUGUGAAGGAGUUGAAACGUGGAUAUGUGGCAGGAGACAGCAAGAAUGACAAACCCAAGGGCGCAAAAGAUUUCACUGCCCAGGUCGUCAUUCUGAACCACCCAGGAGAGAUUAGAAAUGGCUACUCUCCAGUCUUGGAUUGUCACACCGCCCAUAUUGCCUGUAAAUUUUCUGAAAUCCAAGAGAAAUGCGAUCGACGAUCUGGCAAAAAGUUGGAGGAUGCCCCCAAAUUUGUAAAAUUAGGCGAUUCUGCUUUGGUUGUUUUGGUACCCAGCAAACCCAUGUGUGUCGAGUCCUUCAACGAAUACGCCCCACUCGGUCGAUUUGCCGUACGUGAUAUGAAACAAACCGUUGCUGUCGGUGUCAUCAAGUCGGUAACCAAGGCCGAGGUCAAAGUCACAAAAUCUGCCAAGAAAAAAUGAUUAGUACGGGGACAU